CACUCAUGUUUAUUUCCCUGAACACACGGGGUCGUGGUCUACAUCCGCUGCACAAACAAACCAGCCAGGCGGGUUCAUUCGGCUUUUCCACUUCGGCCGUGUGUCCUCUUUUCUCCUCUACAUCUCGGCUAAGAAGAUCAGGGGCUUCAUGGGACUGACUUCGAGUGAGUGGAUGUAGUAGCUCCUCAGCACCCCGUUGCUAAACACACAAGCUCCACUACCUGAGAUACCUCCUUAUUUGGCUUACCACCACUGGACUUGUUUUCCUGUGUGGAAAUUAAGUUCACUGUCCAGAGAAGAGAGGCUCAAAAAGGGAAUAUUGAAGGGCUAUAUGGAAAGCUGCUCUUUCCAACACCGCAUGCAUACAGCGUAGGCAGAGUGAGGAGAUGGAGGGAUGUGUGGUGGACAGAGGAAGGUUUGGAAAGACUGACACACUUUGGGAAGGAGAGAGCGUUUACAGAGAGACUCCUCAUCUGUUUUGGACUAUCUAUAACUGCAGCUGUGGAAGUCACCAAGUGGAGGUGCCGUGGGGAGUCAUAGGCUGGGACUGGCUAUCACUGAAGAGCAUGAGCCAUGACCUCAGUUGUACUGGUUGACAGUAGUGGAACAGUGGUGGAAUAUGCAACAGCUGUGGAAGACCCACAGCAGGACAAUGAGUUUGAUGUGGACCUGGAGGCAGAGGAAGAAGUUGAGGGUGAAUUUGAAGUUGAAGAGGUAGAGGAUGGAAGAGAGGCUGAGAACUACCACACUGUCAUUGUGGAUGAGGCUCCUGAUGCCAUCUUAACUGGAGAGACUGGUCACACAGCCCAGGUUGUGAUGUAUGGCGGCGAAAUGUACAUAAUGCAGGAAGUGAGCAAUGAGCUGGAUAUGGAGUCAGAAAAGGAAGCAGUUGAGGCGUCUGUCCAUGGCACCAGUAUACACUGUUCUGACAAAACUAUCGAGGCUGCAGAGGCUCUGCUUCACAUGGAUUCACCAUCCAGUGUCAGAGAAGACUGCAGUCCAGAAGCUUUCAUCCCACCUUGUGUAGCGACACCUGACUUCCUCCAUGCUGCCAUGCGCCCGGAUAUUGCAGAGACGGAGGUCGAAAUAUCGACGGAGGACUGCUGCGAAGAUGAUGAUGACGAUGAUGAUGAAGAUAUGGCCAGUCUGAUAGAGGAGCAGGAGGCGGAACAUGACCAUGAGCCCGCCAGGAAGAGAAAAGCUGGACGGAAACUAAAAACACAUCAGUCCUAUACUAACGGCUCAGUUGAUAUCGGUUUGCGGAAGAAAUCAAGAGAAGGCAAAGGGGGAAGCACCAUCUACUUAUGGGAGUUUCUGUUGGACCUCCUGCAGGAUAAGAACACCUGUCCGAGGUACAUUAAGUGGACACAGAGGGAGAAGGGUAUCUUCAAGCUUGUGGACUCCAAGGCUGUCUCCAAGCUGUGGGGCAAACACAAGAACAAGCCAGACAUGAACUAUGAGACCAUGGGACGGGCGCUCCGAUAUUACUACCAGCGUGGCAUCCUCGCCAAAGUAGAAGGCCAGCGUCUGGUUUACCAGUUUAAAGAGAUGCCCAAAAACAUUGUGAUAAUCGACGACGACAAGACAGACAUGUCCGUUGCCCAAGACCCGAUGGAAUCCAAGACGACAGCGUCCUACGAGCGUAUCCUGCAGCCGCCGGACGUCAUGCUGAAGCGCUCCCCCAUGCCCUCCAGAAAGCCCAACAUCCUGCGCGGCGGCAACAGAGGCAAUGUGUGUCAAUCACCUGUCGCCACCGGCAACAACAGUGUGACGGUGGUUGCUUCCAACGUCGACUCGGCAGACUCUGGUCUGAAUCAACAGACAGGUGUCCUUUCCAAUGCUUCUGGGCCCAGGACUGUGCGAGUCGCUAUGCAGGUGCCGGUGGUCAUGACAUCACUGGGUCAGAAAAUCUCAACCGUUGCGAUGCAGCAGCCGGCAGUAAGAACGGGGGCGGCCGGACAUACAACCCUCUUGUCCAGUGCUUCGGCUCUCGGCUCUGCUGGAGGCAACUCUCAACAAAAGGUUGUGAUCCAGACCAUCCCCACCAUGGUCCCUGCCACAGCAGAAAAUGGAGAGAAGAUCACGGUCCAGUUGGCCAAAAUUAUCACAAUCCCAGCUCAUCAGUUAGCUCAGUGCCAACUACAGACGCCCACAGGCGCGGCCAAGCCCGGCGCGGGUGUGCCAACGGCCGGCAUCAGCCUCCUAGGAAGCCCCUUGACAGUCCAGGCACUGGCGCCAGUUAGCGUGGCGUCAGGAGCGCAGGUCAUGAGACUGUCCGUGGCUGCACAGGCGCAACAACAGACUCUGAUGGUGUCGCAGUCGGGAAGCGGCGGUGGAGUCACUGUGUCGGCGGCCGAUGAGGCCGUGACGGCGCAGCCACGGGUAAUUGGCGGGAUUUUUAACGGCGCUGAGGUGGUAGUGGGAGGGGACGAGCUCAAGGGGGUCCAAGUCCAACCUGCGCAAGUGGCCAUCCCGCAGAAUGAAGAGAACACCAAAAGCGUCUCGUCGGACGCGGCUGAUCCCGACGUGCAAACCAAACUGGAGACCCCUGCGGCAGUAAAAAUUGAAGAGCCCGAGUGUUGAGGUCUUUCGUCCGCUCAAGUUAGUUGCUUUGGACACAAAUUCAUUUUUAUUACUCUUGUGAUAACAAGCAGCAGUUUGAAAGCUCUCGAAGGCCUAUUGUAUGUUUUUAUCAUGAGUGAGGGAAAUAUUCUUCCAGUACUGCUGUUAGAAGAGUUUCUCAGCCAAGCCUGUAAAUUGAAACUCUCGCUCGGAGGCCACCAUGCAAAUAGGAACACAUAGACGCAAUCAAACUUGAAAGGGACCAAUCCAGAUCACUUUGGCUAUCGUCACCAUCACCAAGUCUUGAUAGGAAAAAAAAUACAGCAAGGAAAAGGGAAACACUACAGGCAAUUUGAACAUGAAUCCCAUUUUAUCUCAUUUUAAAAAAAGAAGACUGGCACUGCAAUAAGAUGAAGCCUGAUUGAUUCGGGUUUUUGUUUCUUCUGCAAUUGUUAAACCAGCAAUUUGUACUUGUCACUGUGCAAAUCAAAUGCGUGUGUGUGUGCGCGCGCGCAUUUGCGAGUGAGUGUGGUGCUACGUGGCUCUCGAAAAGAGUAUAAUUAUUCAUAUGGCGGAAAACACUCAGGUGACUUUGAAGUUUCGCUUUGAGACCCUCAAUUUGGCCAAAUUUCAAAAUUGUCAUAUGCAUGUGUGAAACGACAUUGGAACGCUUAAAAUCUCAAUUUUCUGGGUGAAGAAAAGUUUUGAACAGCGCAUAUAUAUAUAUAUAUUUUUAACAGUGAAACCCUAACUGUAUGUGUGAGCAUGAGAGAGCAUAAUUAAAGAUGCCAUGAUUUUAACGAGAUAUCACGUACUUGUUUCGAUCCCAAAACUCCAUUUAGCAUGAAUCACCGAGUGUCAAGACACAGCUGCACAGACGUAGCUUGAUUUUGAGGGGAUUUUAUGGGUGAUUCAUGGUAUAACGAGGGUUGCGAUGCCGACAUCAAGGAGUGGUUGAGAUUUUCAUAUAUUUACCCUUUAAAUUUUUUUUUCCCUCUAAUUUUAUUUGGAUCGAUUACCAUCUAAAAUAUCGGGGAAAAUGCGACUGCAACAAAAACAUACAAUUAAGCGAUAGUUAUGAGGUAGAUAUCCGUGACUCAUUUACAGACACAAUUUUUUUCAUUGUGAUGUAAUUUGUUUAAAAUUUGCAAGUGAAUGAAAUUAAUUUUUUUCAAAGUAAAUAUUAGACAUCAACGAUUCUAAGCAAUGAAUAACAGACAUUUCAAAUAAUGAAUAUAAUUCUCCUUAUGGCUGGGCUGAAACAGGCGGUUGCUCGGUGGCUGUAAACUGUCUCCAGUGUGAAACGGACAAAUAAAAAAAUAGUUUGAGAGCUUAAUGUGCCAUGAAACUGCUAUAGCAGCAUAUAGACAUAUUGUCAACAAACAGAAUAGUUCUUUUGGCUUAAAAUAGUUUAUUUUAAAGAGGGGUGCAAAAGCAGAAACUGCUUUUUUAGCCUUGUCUGUGUUUUCCGCCAUAUACAAAAGUUUACACCAUAAAUCAUAACGGAGCAGCCUUUAAAUUUGGAAAUUGACCUUCAUGUACAAUAGGAACUAUAAGUUGAACUUAGUUUUUUUGUGUGUUUUCAUAACUUGUACCAAGCACAGUAUUACAGAAAUGAGAAAAUCUUAACAUUUGCAAAGAAAGUAGCAUAGCUGGGAGUUGAAAAGCACUGGUUCCAUUUCUCAAUUUAAGGACUAAUCCAGUUUUUAGAACUCACGCCGAAUAAGCAAUCAUUUGUCAUCAAGUACUUUUAAAUUUGAUUCGUCUUAAAGUUGGCUGAUAGAAUAGAAAUAAAUUAACAGUGAACAGUUGACUUGAAAUCAGCAAACGCUCCAGUGCUUUGUAUCAAGAAUCUCUAUUUUCAGUCUGAGCGAUCGUACCUAUGAACCUGACAGUUUAAAAAAAAAAACAUUUUACUCAUAAAUGGCUGUGACUCUAUUCCUACUGCCAUGUUUCAGAAAAAAAAUCUCCAUAGGAAUAUGUAUAUAAACUAAUUAUUUUGUAAUUGCUAACGGUUGUAUUAGUUAUUCUGAAUGUGAUGUCACUUUUCAAUUCCCAGGUCACUUAUAAAGGUCAUUAUUUUCCAGUCAGGUUGGCCCUACACCUACAUUUCAUUUCAUUUUUUUUUUUUUUUUUAAAUCUAAAAAGAGGGAAAAUACCGAAGUUUGUUUUCAGACUGAACUGUUUGUAUAUUCAACAUUUGAAGUAUAUUCUAUUUUGUUGUACUCUUGUUUCAAAGUGUAUUAAAGUAGAUUUUACUGAA